UUUUAUGUGGGCACAGUUUAGUGGGAAAAGUUAGACUAUGGCACCCUCUAGUGUCAAACUACCGCAAUCGAAACCGGUGGAGCCGUGUUUAUUGUUCUCCUUUCUUUCUUGUGGGUUAACUUUACUCGACCCAGUGUGAUUUAAAGAACAUUUAUUUUAUACCAACCUACUGCUAAGCCUGCUGUAAAGCCAUUAGGUUAGAGGGAGGAUGCGGUAAGUGUUUCAGACAGGGCUCCUCCUGCAAAGUCGCUCAGAGCAGACAGGAGCGGCGUAACGGGGGAGUGCAGGAAGGACGGAGCAGACACCGGCCGGUCUGCGGACGCUGCACACACACAGACGGUCUGAGAAAGGGGCUUUUGGGAGGACGAGUCUUCACCUCUCAGCCACACGCCGAAACUUGGCUGCAAAGUUCGGACAGCUGCUGAGCCAGUGAAGGCAUCAUGAUUGUGUCGGUCCGGAGCUGGGUCGCCAACGAGGGAGGAAAGCACUUGGUCCUGAUGCUGUGGUUGGGAGCAAACACCUGGCUUUUCCUGAAAACCUUCCUGCUGUACUCCACUGGAAAGCAGUACCACUACCUCUACAAGAUGCUGGGGCUAGGGCUGUGCAUCAGCAGGGCGUCUGCAUCUGUGCUGAACCUGAACUGCAGCUUAGUGCUUUUGCCCAUGUGUCGCUCCCUGCUUACCUUUGUACGAGGAACACACACGGUAUCGAGCAGAAAGACUCGUAGACUUCUGGACAAGAGCAAGACUUUUCAUGUGGCAUGUGGAGUCGCCAUCUGCAUCUUCUCUGUUGUGCACGUGUCUGCCCACCUGGUGAACGUUGUCAACUUCAGUGCAAGCUACUCAGACGACUUUCCUGCUCUGAAUUUAGCUCGCUACAGAGGAGAGGACCCGAAGUUGAUCAUUUUGACCACAAUCCCAGGAGUCACUGGUGUCCUGCUAGUUCUCAUCCUCUUUCUGAUGUUCACAUCCUCCUCUUACUGUGUGCGGGUGUCCAACUAUGAGAUCUUUUGGUACACACACAACCUCUUCAUUGUUUUCUACAUCAUCCUUAUGGUGCACAUGGUCGGAGGAGCUCUGAAGUACCAAACAAACCUAGAGACCCACACUCCUGGCUGCCUGCAAGCCAAUCAGAGCAGCACAGAGCAGCAGGGCGAGGAGCAGAGUGAGGAUGAAGAGAGAAGAUGCAGAGACGAGGCUCACUUCCAGCCACACAGCCCCCAGACUUGGCUCUGGGUGACCGGUCCUCUCUGUCUAUACUGUGCCGAGCGUCUCUAUCGCUACAUUAGAAGCAGCGACCCUGUAACUAUAGUGACUGUCAUCAGGCACCCCUGCGAUGUCUUUGAGUUGCGCAUGCUGAAGGAUAACUUUAAAGCUCGUCCAGGACAGUAUAUUGUUCUUAACUGUCCAGGUGUCUCUUCAUUUGAGAACCAUCCCUUCACGCUCACAACGUGUCCCACAGAGAACAAGGCAACUUUUGGCAUCCAUCUCCGGGUCGUGGGAGACUGGACUGAGCGGUUCACACAGCUGUUACUUCCUGAUCCGAGGAUAGACUUGGAGAUCCUUCCCAUGGUGCACCAGAGGAGAUAUCCCAAGCUUUACGUUGACGGCCCGUUUGGCAGUCCAUCAGAGGAAGUUUUUAACUACGACGUCAGCCUUUGUGUUGCUGGUGGAAUAGGAGUCACGCCGUUCGCCUGUGUUCUUCAUGCUCUUCUUGAUGGCUGGCCGGGUUUCAGGUUGCAGCGGUUGUACUUUGUGUGGGUCUGCAGGGAGCUCCAGUCCUUCUACUGGUUUGCUGAGCUGCUGUGUGCUGUGCAUCAUAAGCUCUGGCAGGAAAACAGACCUGACUACUUUAAUCUGAAACUGUACGUCAGUCAGCCAGACAACUUGCAGAGCAUGUCCGAGGAGAAGUACCGUCCGCUUACAUCAAGGCUGCUGGUUGGUCGUCCCAGAUGGAAGUUACUGUUUGAUGAGAUUGCAAAGACCAACAGGAAUAAACGAGUCGGGGUUUUCUGCUGUGGACCAAAAGGCAUCUCCAGGACUCUCCACAGACUGUGUAACUCUGGCCAACCCUCUGGUACAACCUUUGAAUUCAACAAGGAGUCCUUCAGCUGAUCAAGCCUCAGAGCCUACACUGCACUUCAUGGCCAACCUCAGAGAAACACACAACAACUUUGGGGAUGGAUAGAUUUUCAUGUCACAAAGUUCUUCAUUUGAAGUCCAUUUAUUUGGACAAUCUUUGUUACCUGAAAUGUUGUACAUGUCAGUUUGGCAUGUACAAAUGUAUACAGGCCAAUAGACCAAAAUAACUUGAAGUAUUUUCAGAUUACUUUACUACUCUUUUAUGUGCCUCCCUGCCCAGCAGGACAAGACCUCAUGACUGAGUGUGAGGCUAGUUCUUCUUCAGAGAGCAGCCUUACUGCUGGCUAUGAACCCAGAAGCCCCCAACUAACCUCUGAGAAAAAACACUCAGCGCUCAGAUUCUCCACUUGAUGCUCCAAUUUUCAGUUUUUGCCUUUGGAUUUCACCUUUCUCCUGUCACUGACAUCACUGUGGAACAAACUGUUUUCUCCUGAUCCAGCCUAAUGUAAGGUAAAAAAAAGGGUUGAUAUAGUCAUCCUGUGUCCACAAACAUUACAAGAUAUUGAUGGUACACAAGAAGGGAUUUAUCUCUGUGUUGCCCAGAGCUGCAUCAUUAUGGCAUCAUAUGCUUAUUCAGUGACAGCCAUAUGAUAGCCAGACUUGAUUUAACUUUUACUUGACCCCAAGUUGGUAUCAAACAUGAUCAAUCGAUCAAAACUUUUAAGUAAGAGAGUGAAAUAUCUGCUGAGAUCAAUUUGGGUUCUAGAUUUUAUAUCCACAUCCAUAAUGAACAGAUGUUUACUAACUGGUGCCAUGUUAUAUUGAUUGUGGUGAAAUGAUUGAUUUGUAUCAUUAAGGAACUACUGCUCUAAUACUGCAAGUCUUAGUCAGAUGCAAACACAUCUCAUUGAAGUUUGUUCAACUGAAAUGUUCUGUAUUGCAUAACAUCAUUCAUAAAUAACAGGAAAGUAUUGUAAUGUCCAACUAUUAUUUGGUAUUAUAGUUUGUAUUUCACUUUAUCUCUCAAAUUUGAAAGCCUCACAUUUACAACAUGGAUUGAUAUCCGAGCAGUGUAUUUUAGUUUUUUUUUUUUCAGACUGAAAGUAGAAACUCUCUUAGGAAAACAACAAAAAAACUUAAUCUGACUGGUCAAGUAAAACAGAACAUAACUAUAACAAAAAUAAUUACUGAUGCAGUGGGUCACUUCAGAGGACAAACACCUUCUGUGCCUGAGAGACUGAAAUGAGUACGUGAUUGGUCCGUUGGUCUGCCAAUCAUCGGAGUCUUAGGGAAGCUGUCAAACCAAAAUGGACUCACAAUAGACUCUUAAUCUUUGUUGUAAAUAUCUGUUCCUGAUCAUGUAUGUGUAUCAAAAUCUGUUUUAAACCUACACUACACCUCACAGCAAUAAUUGUACUUAGUUUUUUUCAAUUUAUUUAUUUUGUUAAAAGUUAUUUUAUAUUGUGUAAAAGAAAACCUCUGCAGGGCUUUUGCAAUUCCUCCACGAAAUUUCCUUUUUUUCAAAUAUCUUGAUAAAGUGAAGGUAUUGAUUAAAAAUAAAUGAGAAUACGGAUGGGAUUGCAACCAAUCACACUUGUUUUUUUUACUUUGAUUUGUUGUACUUGAUGUUUUCUACUCUGCUUUUAUUUCAGAAAUGUACAAACUGGAAACAACAGGGUUCUGCAAAGAAUCAUCUUAUUUGCAACUGAAACACCUGUACUCUGCAAAAAUUAUAAUCAACCACAGUUUAUUUACCGUAUUGCAAUUUAAAUGUGUUUAUAAUUUGAACUGUGUGUCUAUUUUGAGGAUUGUCUUUUUUGAAGAACAAGACAAAGUCUGAAAUAAAACAGAUUUUGUAGUUAUGUUAUUGUGAA